GGGUGCGGCCGGGACCCGUCGGGCUGGUUCCUUGUCUCUGCUUAGGUUGUGCCUGGGCAUGGCUAUGGUUAGAGGCAUUCGCAUGGGUUCAGUCUCAUCGCCACGUUGAGGCCUGGGUGGGAGCUAUGGGUGCGGGGUGGGCAAGCAGGGGCUGCCAGGAAGCGCUGAGUGUUUUGGGAGAAACUGCGGAGUGUUGAAAGCGAAACUUUGGAGAACACCACGUGGAUAGGUUAUUUUCGGCACCACCGUCACCGUGAUGGGAAACAUGACGGCACGGCUGUGGGGCGGGCAACCGCCCCUGCUGGGAUGGAUGGAUGGAUGGACGUUGGGCGCUCCUUCUGUGUGCCCCCCCCCCGUCCCAUCCCACCCAGCAUAGUGCUGGUACAGUGCUGCGGGAAGCGCCCAGUCACACCCAGUUCCCCUUGGGGCCAAGUCCUGCUCACGUCAUUGGUGGUGCCAGGGCGGGGGGUCCCCUGCCAGCACCGGGGGUGUGGGGCAGGGGCCUGGCAACAGCUCCUGGCAGCGCCAUUGUUUUCCUGGCCUUGGAGCUCCUGCCUUUCUCCUCCUCCUCCUGCUCCGGGGGAGUCAGCCCAGUGCUGGCCCUGCUCCCAGCACAGCUGCUGGCGGCUGCUGGGGGAUCUGCAAAGGGAACUCAGCACGGGGAUCCCAGUGCCCCCACCCCAGCAGUUGUGCCCCAUUGUGGUUGGCACCCUCCCUGGUCCCAGCACUGCUGUGGUGUGUGUCCCUGCUGAUCCCCAGCCCCGUGCCCAGUUCUGAGACUCCGCAAUGUUUGUGGGGAGCAAAAUAGAAUUUCUGCCCGUGGGAUGGUGGCUGGGGCUACACUGGGGUUGCUGACCCCAGUGAUGGCAGGGCCGGCUGCAGAGGUCACGUCCCCAGAAUGCCUUGAGUCACCGCGUGGCCGUGCCCUGCCCGCAGCCUGACGUCACACUAGGGAUUCAGAACAUGGGAAUGCCGGUGGCCCUGGGCUCUAAGUGACCUGGUCACCAUGCUUCCCAGCCCUCAUUAAGCAGAGGUGCCCAGCAGGACAGCUCGCAGCCAGCAUGGCGCAGCCCAGCGCACCCCCCCCAUACGACGACAAGAACCCCCUGUACCCCCCCAGCGCCUACCCCCAGCCCUCCCACUAUGCUGGAGGGUACCCACAGCCAGGGGGGUACCCGGCACCGGCGGGGUAUGCGCCGCCAGGGGGGUAUGGGACACCAGGAGGGUACCCGCAGCCAGGGAUGGCCAUGCCCACCAUGCCCAUGCGUUUUGGUGACACCUAUGGAGGUGAGGGCAUGGGGCACAGCUCCCCCAUCCAGCCGGCCGACUGGGACGACAGGAAAGUGCGGCACACCUUCAUCCGCAAGGUCUAUGCCAUCAUCUCGGUGCAGCUGCUGGUGACCGUGGGGAUCAUCGCGGUGUUCACCUUCGUCUCACCUGUCCGCUCCUUCGUCCAGAGAAAUGUCGCCAUCUACUACUCCUCAUAUGCUGUCUUCCUGGUGACCUACCUGGUACUGGCCUGCUGCCAGGGCCCCCGGAGACGCUUCCCAUGGAACAUCAUCCUGCUGAGCAUCUUUACCUUAGCCCUGGGCUUCAUGACGGGGACCAUUGCCAGCACAUACCGGACUAAUGCCGUCCUCAUCGCCAUGCUCAUCACUGCCAUUGUGGCCAUCAUUGUCACCAUCUUCUGCUUCCAGACCAAGGUUGACUUCACAUCAUGUCCGGGGCUCUUCUGCGUGCUGGGCAUCGUGGUUAUGGUGACAGGGCUCGUCACAGUCAUCGUUCUCUCCUUCAAAUAUGUCCCCUGGCUCCACAUGCUAUACGCGGCCAUUGGGGCCAUCGCCUUCACCCUGUUCCUAGCCUACGACACACAGCUGGUGCUGGGCAACAGGAAGAACACGCUGAGCCCCGAGGAGUACAUCUACGGAGCCCUCACCAUCUACACUGACAUUGUCUACAUCUUCACUUUCCUCCUGCAGAUUGUGGGCCGAGACUGA